AAAACCCUAGUUGUGACCCAAAGGUUCCAGUGUUGUACCACUACUUAAAGGCCACAGAGGCUCUGCUGCCUCUUAUAUCUCUCUCUCUCUGCUUGAUCUCUACGCCUUCUCACUGAGCUUCAAGCAGUUCGAUUUCGUCUCUCAGUCUCUCGUAAAGAAUGGGUAAGGAAAAAGUUCACAUCAACAUUGUGGUCAUUGGCCAUGUCGACUCUGGGAAGUCAACCACCACUGGUCAUCUCAUCUACAAGCUUGGAGGUAUUGACAAGCGUGUGAUUGAGAGGUUUGAGAAGGAGGCUGCUGAGAUGAACAAACGUUCAUUCAAGUAUGCCUGGGUCUUGGACAAGCUCAAGGCUGAACGUGAACGUGGUAUUACCAUUGAUAUUGCUUUGUGGAAGUUUGAGACCACCAAGUACUACUGCACUGUCAUUGAUGCUCCUGGCCAUCGUGAUUUCAUCAAGAACAUGAUCACUGGUACCUCACAGGCUGACUGUGCUGUUCUUAUCAUUGACUCCACCACUGGUGGUUUUGAAGCUGGUAUUUCCAAGGAUGGGCAGACCCGUGAGCAUGCUCUGCUUGCGUUCACUCUUGGUGUCAAGCAAAUGAUCUGCUGUUGCAACAAGAUGGAUGCAACUACUCCCAAGUACUCAAAGGCAAGGUAUGAUGAAAUUGUCAAGGAAGUGUCUUCCUACCUCAAGAAGGUUGGAUAUAACCCUGACAAAAUCCCCUUCGUCCCAAUAUCUGGGUUUGAGGGUGAUAACAUGAUUGAAAGGUCAACCAACCUCGACUGGUACAAGGGUCCAACCCUUCUGGAUGCUCUUGACAUGAUUUCAGAACCCAAGAGGCCCUCAGACAAGCCUCUUCGUCUCCCACUUCAGGACGUCUACAAGAUUGGUGGCAUUGGCACUGUCCCUGUGGGCCGUGUUGAGACUGGUUUGAUCAAACCCGGCAUGGUUGUCACUUUUGGCCCAACUGGUCUCACCACUGAAGUUAAGUCAGUGGAAAUGCACCAUGAGGCUCUCCAGGAGGCUCUACCUGGUGAUAAUGUUGGGUUCAACGUUAAGAAUGUUGCUGUCAAGGAUCUCAAGCGUGGGUUUGUUGCCUCAAAUUCAAAGGAUGAUCCUGCAAAGGAAGCUGCCAACUUCACUUCCCAGGUCAUUAUCAUGAACCAUCCUGGUCAAAUCGGAAAUGGUUAUGCCCCAGUGCUCGAUUGCCACACUUCCCACAUUGCAGUUAAGUUUGCUGAGAUUCUAACCAAGAUUGACAGGAGGUCUGGUAAGGAGCUAGAGAAGGAGCCCAAAUUCUUGAAGAAUGGUGAUGCUGGUAUGGUGAAGAUGAUUCCCACAAAGCCCAUGGUGGUGGAGACUUUCUCAGAGUACCCACCACUUGGUCGUUUUGCCGUGAGGGACAUGCGUCAAACGGUGGCUGUUGGUGUCAUCAAGAGUGUGGAGAAGAAGGACCCAUCUGGUGCAAAGGUGACCAAGGCUGCUCUGAAGAAGAAAUGAAAGGUGGUUCAUUUUAUGGUUGUUUUGUUACCAAGAACAGUUGAGUUUAUUUCAUGUCGUAGGUAUGGUAAGUUUUGUCAUGAUGGUUCAGUUGGAGCCUCCUGUUGUUGCUGUUCACUAGCCUCGCUUGUGGGAUGGUGGUGGUGUUGAGCAUUCAGGUGUGUGUGUAUGCAUGCCUGGGUGCUUGACAGGCAAUGAAAAGAGACUUUUAUUGUUUUCUGUUUUCUAGUAUUUAUUUUGUUUUUAUUUUUACAAUUUAGUUUUGAGCCAACAAAUUUGGAUCAGAGUUGGAACUUGAGUAUCUAUUUCAAUUUUCAAGUAUUUGAACUCUUUACAUUUUGAUGCUCCUCUUGA